UCCCCCACCGCCCUCUUCACCACCAUAAUCUUCAUACUCAACGUUAACAAUGGCCAGACACCCAUUUUCCCUCCUCCUCCUCCUCUCCCUCUUCCUCCUCGCCGCCUCCGCCCUCCGCUUCCACGAUGACAACCAAAAUCCUUGGCUGCAGAGGUGCCGCCAACAGGUUAGGGGGGAGCGGCUCCGCCACUGCGAGCAGCUGCUGAUGAGGCCGCGCCGCGUCCGCCAGCUUUUAAUGGCUGAAGAAGAAGAAGAUGCAGUGGAGCACCUGGAGGAGUGCUGCCAGCAGCUACGGGGAAUGGACGACGCGUGCCGGUGCGAAGGGCUGCGGCAGAUCGUGCAGCGACGUAGACAGCAAGGGAGAAUGCAAGGGAUCGACGUUGGGCAAAUGCUGGAGAGAGCUACGAACUUGCCGUCAGUCUGUAGGCUCAGCCAACGCCGCUGCGAACUCCGCUCCUCCCGGUGGUAGAAUGGUAGAAUGAGAAAGAAAAUGAGAGCCCAUUGAGGUGAAAAACUGAAAAAUGGAGUAAUAAUCAAUAAAAUGUGACAGCUCCUCGUCUUAGUGGGAGAUGUGUACUACUGUUUAAAG